AUGCGUCUAGGUCGAGCUCUGUUCGCGGUGGUGGUCUCUUUCUUCGUCAGCACUGCAUCUCUUUCGGUGGCCAGGGAGCUUGCACACUCCAAGGACUCAACGUUGCUUUCGAGCCACCCGAUCAUCGGUCAUGGAGGUGCUGAGGGGCGUUCUCUGCGGGCUGUUGGCACGGAGAACGACAGCUCGGAGCUGAGGGGCUUCUGGGGAUAUGCCAAAGCGCUGUGGUGGGCGGAUUGGGGGGUGUCGGAGGACUACGUCAUGAAGGCGCUCAAGCUGAAGGGCUGA